AUGCCUGAGCUACGCUGUAAAAUCUACGAAGGUUUUGCAUCGCUCACGUCAGAUACGUGGGUAAAUGCAUACACACACGCACAGAAAUACGAGACAAAAUAUCUGCAGCAAGGUGAUGAAUGCGAAAUUGCAUCGGAACCAGAGGGCAGCAACGAGGACACGGAAGAGGAUGACGCCGUCGAUGACAAUGAAGCUGUAGCCGAUUAG